AUGAAGUUCAGCACCGCCAUCAGCACAGCAACUUUCAUCUUCCUCGUCACCGCCCGAGUAAUCAAACCACCUUCAACAUCCCCCGACGACUUCCAACUCACCACCGCCUUCUGGGACGACGACUACGCCUCGCCCAGCGAAUGGACUACCUACACCACCAAAGGCGGCGCCCUCAUGUGCGGCCUGACGGGCUCCGACGAAACCGCCGGCUCCCUCCUCCAAGACACACACAACCCGCCCUCAGCCGCCAGCCCCUUCACCAGCGACCUCAAGUCGGAGCUUCAAACCUGGCACUGGCGCAGCGUCAACCCUGCCUCUUUCAGCUGCAGCUUCUCUACCCACUGGAACUUCCCACAUGCCAUGCACUCGUUGGGUUUAAGCGGCACAUCAGCCGCCCAGGGUGGCGAUAAUCACUGUUAUAGAAUCGAGCAUUGGGACCCGGAGAUGCAGGAUGAGCGUGGAAAUCAGGUACCUGCAAUAAAUCAAUGGUAUAGUGUUCCUGGGGUGGAGAGGCAGUAUCGUGCGACGAAAUCCCACUACGAAUUCGCCAUCAAUACCAUCGGCGGCGCCCUCUACGGCCUCUUCCUCGAAAGCCCCCAGUCCGCUGCCCGCACCCUCUGGUACGCGGGCAAGCGGUCCCCGAACCGCGAAGAUCUACCCGCCUUACGUGCCUUCUCGGAUAUUCUCUGGGGAUACUGGGUGCGCGACAACGCGCACGUGGGAAACGUACGGUUUUUCUUCAUGAUAGGGAUUUCGAAUGAUGUUACGAAUAGGCUUAUUGCGAGUGCGUUACGGGAUGCGGGGAAGACGUUGGUGGAGUGGCCCGGGGUGGAAUUUGGGAUGGGAACGGAGCAGGGCAAGGCAUUGUUAGGAUCACCCAACGGAGCAGCCUUUGCGUAUUUUCUCAUGCAGCAUAAGGCGCACUUGGGGCAAAAGGCUAUCACGAAGGUUACGGUUUUCCGGCCGGAGAACGAUGACGAUGUGGAUUUUGUGGAUGCAUCCUUGUGCUUUCAUGUUGCGGAUUGGGGACAAGCGGUUGGAGAGGAGAUGGAGAGACACAUUGUGAGUAGGAAUGUAGCGGGCGAUGUUGCGAAUAGGAGUUUGACUAGGGUGCAUAAAAUUCAUUCCUAG